GAGUGUGCAAGACCUUCUACGUCAUCAGUGAGGAUGUCAAGUCAGAGCACGUUGUUGUCACCAAGUCCAAGGAUCUCAACAACUGCCAGGAGAGGAUCAUCAAGGAUAUGGGCCUGGCUUACUUGGAAACACUGAAGUCAAACAGCCUGACUGGAGCCGCAACCUACAGCUACAUCAUGAAACCAAGCGCCUCUGGUGCUCUGAUCACUGAAGCUACAGUCUGGGAACUUCAUGAGGUCACACCUGUUGCUGAAAUGGGUGGAGUUGCACAGAUGGAAGCCAAACAAAGCCUCACCCUCAUCGAGGUUAAGAGGACUCCAAUUAUGCAGGCCAAUGCUGAUUAUGAGGCCCGUGGAGCUCUGCAGUAUGAGUUUGCCACUGAAAUUCUUCAGACUCCCAUUCAGCUUAUCAGAAUCAGUGACCCGGCAGCUCAGGCUGUGGAGAUUCUGGACCACCUGGUUGCAAACAAUGUGGCUAAGGUCCAUGAGGAUGCUCCUCUGAAGUUCCUCCAGCUGAUCCAGGUGUUGCGUGUGGCCAGCUUGGAGAACAUUGAAGCCAUCUGGAGUCAGUUUAAGGCCAGACCAGAAUACAGGCGUUUUAUCCUGGAUGCCAUUCCUGUUGUUGGAACACCAGCUGCUGUGAGGUUCAUCAAGGAGAAGUUCCUGGCUAAGGACAUCACCGUUGCCGAAACAGUUCAAGUUCUUUUGGCUGCUGUGCAUAUGGUUCCUGCCGAUGUGGAGAUCAUCAGACUCAUCUCUACCAUGGCUCAUCACCGCAAGGUUCAGGUACACCCUGUUCUACGUGAGAUUGCUAUGCUGGGUUAUGGCACCAUGAUUGCCAAGUACUGUGCUGCAGUUCCUACUUGCCCAGCUGAACUCCUGAAGCCCAUUCAUGAACGUGCAGCUGAGGCUGUUGCCAAUGCUGAUAUUGAUGAAAUCACCCUACUGGUCAAAGUUAUGGGUAACGCUGGUCAUCCUGCCAGUCUUAAACCAAUCAUGAAGAUCCUCCCUGGAUUUGGCUCUGCAGCUGCUUCUCUCCCCAUCAGAGUUCAGGCUGAUGCUAUCUUGGCCCUGAGGAACAUUGCUAAGAGGGAGUUUAAGUUUGUUCAGCCAGUGGCCCUUCAGCUGUUCAUGGACAAGACUCUGCACCCCGAGCUUAGGAUGGUGGCCUGCAUUGUGCUGUUUGAGACUAAACCUAAUGUCGCACUGGUGUCUACUCUCGCCAAUGCGCUGAAGAAGGAGACCAGCCUGCAGUUGGUCAGCUUCGCCUACUCCCACAUGAAGGCCCUGUCCAAGGGCAACGCCCCAGACCUUGCCCCUGUUAAUAUUGCCAUGAAGAUCCUGAACCCCAAGCUGGACAGACUGAGCUACCGUUUCAGCAAAGCCAUCCACCUUGAUUUCUACAGAAGUCCCAUGAUGGCUGGUGCUGCUGGUAGUGCUUUCAUCAUCAACAAUGGUGCCACCAUUCUGCCCACAGCCGUUGUGGCCAAAGCUCGUGCCUAUCUUGCUGGAGCCGCUGCCGAUGUUCUUGAGGUUGCUGUGAGGACUGAGGGAAUCCAGGAGGCGAUCAUGAAGUCCCCAGCUCUGGCUGAGAACACUGACAGGUUGACCAAGAUGAAGCAAGUCCUGAGGGCUAUGAAAGAAUGGAGGGCCCUUCCUCAGAGCCAGCCUCUGGCCUCUGUGUACGUCAAGUUCAUGGGACAAGAAAUCGCAUUUGCUAACAUUGAUAAAGCCCUUGUUGAACAGGCAGUUCAGCUUGCCACUAGUGCCGAUGCCAAGCUCCUGCUGAAGGAUGCCCUGAAAGCACUGCAGAGUGGCAUUUCAGUUCAGGCCGCUAAGCCUCUUCUGGCUGCUGAGAUUCGUCGCAUCUUCCCCACUGCUGUUGGUGUGCCAAUGGAGCUCAGUCUCUACUCUGCUGCUGUUGGUGCUGCCACCGUUAAAGUUCAAGCCUCCAUCAGCCCACCUCUUUCUGAGCCUCUCAGUGCUGCCGAGCUGCUGAAUGCAGACAUUAAGUUGGAGGUUGAGGUCACUCCAAGCAUCGCCAUGCACACCUUUGCUGUGAUGGGAGUCAACACUGCCUUGAUUCAGGCUGCUGUCAUGGCUAGAGCCAAGGCUGUCACUGUGCUGCCCGCUAAAUUUGCGGCAAGAGCAAAUAUUCCCAAACUGAAAUUCAAGGUUGAGGCUCUCCCUGUUGAGACACCUGAGCACAUUGCAGCAGUGCGCUUUGAGACCCUUGCAAUCACCAGAAACAUUGCAGAUCUUGCAAGUGAGAGAAUCACACCCAUGGUCCCUGUGAUUGUUGCAGCUGAUCAGCUGUCCAAGCAAAGGUUUACAUCUAAGAUGUCAGCCUCACUUGCUAGUGAUAUGGCCCGAUCCUCUGAGGUCAUUUAUUCUGAUCUGUCGUCUGAGGUUGCCCCUCAGCUGAAUGCAGGAACACCAAUUCACAAGAUAAUUUGUGUCCCAGCUCCCCUCUUGGGAAUCAAGGGAUGCUUUGAGCUCACCUCUAGCAAUGCUGCUCUCAUCAAGAACACACCUCUGCUUAACUUGAUUGGACAGCAUGCAGUCUUUGUUGCUGUAAGACCUGCUGAUGGUCCAGCCAUUGAGAGAGUGGAGAUUGACAUUGACCUCGGACCCAAGGCCGCAGAGAAGCUUGUGAAAGACCUGCCUACACUCCAGGACGCUCCAGAGGGCAGGAACAUCUUGCUGAAGCUCCGGAAGAUUCUGGAAACUGGCAUGAGGAACAUCUCCAGCAGCUCCUCCAGCUCCUCCAGCCGACCGAGCUCCUCCUCCUCCUCCUCCAGCAGCUCCAGUUCCGCCAGGCGUUCAUCCCAGGAAACAAUGUACAAGUUCACCAAGAACCACGUCCACCUGCACAGAACCAGCGCAGAUUUGAGCAGAAGUAGUGCAUCCAGCUUUGAGGCCAUUUACAAGCAGAAUGAAUUCCUUGAGGACGCCAUCGCUCCUGCUGUGGUGGUCAUGUUCCGUGCUGUGAGAGCCGACCAUAAAUUGCUGGGAUACCAGGCUGCUGUCUACUUUGAUAAGGCCAACAGCAGGGUGCAGACCAUCAUCUCUGCUCUGGCUGAAACUGACAACUGGAAGUUGGUUGCUGAUGGUGUCCUCCUGAGCAAACACAAAGUCAUGGCUAAGGUUGCCUGGGGAGCACAGGGCACCGAAUAUGCCACCAUCUUGAAGGCUGAGACUGGACUAAUAGAUGCAAGUCCUGCUGUCCGUCUGGGAUUUGAAUGGGUGAAGAUCCCUGCCAUUGUCACAGUCUAUGGCAAGAGACUGACAAAGUAUAUCCCAGGUGUUGCUCUGAUUGCUGGAAUCACAGUGACCGAGGCCAAGAACACUGCAAAAGAUAUUGAACUGACUGUUGCCGUCCCCACCGAUAGGUCCCUGAAUAUCAUUCUGAAGACCCCCGAGAUGACAAUGUCCAAACUGGCUUUGCCUCUACCCAUCCCCCUGCCAAUCAGAAAAGAGGAUGUUGACCGCCUCUUUCCAGAGGAGGAUAUGACUGAACAUUUUAAAACUCUUUUCGCUGAAGCCACCUCUGCUCAAUGUACCAGUACCCACGACAUGCUGACCACAUUCAACAACAGGAGGUUCAGGAACGAAGUGCCACUCUCCUGCUACCAGGUCCUGGCUCAGGACUGCACAUCAGAGCUUAAAUUCAUCGUUCUCAUGAAGAAGGAUCGGAUCACUGAGCAGAAGCACCUCAGUGUGAAGUUGUCUGACAUAGAUGUGGAUCUGCACCCCAUGGGCAAGGACGUGCUUGUGAAGGUGAACGGACUGGAGGUUCCUCUCUCUGGCCUUCCCUACCAACAUCCAACAGAAUCCAUCCUGAUCAAAAAGAAAGGUGAGGGUCUGUCCCUUUAUGCCCCGAGACUGGGCCUUCAGGAGGUUUAUUUUGACAAGGACACAUGGAAGGUUAACGUUGGGGACUGGAUGAAGGGACAGACUUGUGGUCUCUGUGGUAAAGCCGACGGAGAGAUCAAACAGGAGUAUUCCACACCCAAUGGUUACCAGACCAAGAGCCCUGCCAGCUUCGCCCACUCCUGGGUGCUUCCUGCCGAGAGCUGCCGUGACAGCACUCAGUGCCGUCUGAAGCAUGAAUCUGUGAAACUGGAGAAGCAGAUGAUUGUGGAUGGACAGGAGUCUAAAUGCUACUCUGUUGAGCCAGUGCUGCGCUGUCUGCCUGGUUGCCUGCCAGUGAAGACCAUGCCAGUCACCAUCGGAUUCCACUGUCUGCCCACCUAUUCCAGCUCUGUGGAUCUGAGCAACAUCUCUGGGAAGAGUGUGGACCUAAGGGAGACUUCAGAGGCCCAUAUGGUAUGCCAGUGCAACGACCAGUGUGCAUAGAGUGAUCACGAUUUGUUGUAAUAUGAUAUUAUGUUCAAUAUUUGUUUAAAGGUGUAAUUACUGAAUUCAAUAAAAGCCCCAUUUGAACCAC